CCCCCUCCCCUCACUCCCGCAACCCUGGAUGCCCCCGGUGGGGCGGAGUCGCCGCCCGCUAUAAACAGCCGGUACCGGCAGCCGCCGCCCUCCCGGUCCCACCAUGAGCCGCGGCGGCCGCGGGUCCCCGCAGCACCGCACCCUCGGGGCUCCCCCGCCCGUCCCCGCGGCCCCGGACCAGGUGGCGGCGGCGGUGGCGGCGCGGAGCGCGGAACGGGAGGAGCUGGCGACGCUGAACGAUCGUUUCGCCGCUUUCUUGGAGCGGGUCCGGGCUCUAGAGCGGCAGAACGGGGCCCUCCGAGCCGCUCUGGGCCGAGCCGCCGCCGCUACCGCGCCCGGUGCUACCGGGCUGGUGCGGGGGGAGCUGCGGGGGCUGCGGGAGCGGCUGCAGCGCCUCGGUCGGGACCGGGACCGGCUCCAGGCAGAGCGGGACGGGCUGGCCGCCGACCUGACAGCUCUGCGGCGGCGGCUGGAGGAUGAGACACAGAAGCGAGAGGAUGCUGAGAAGAACUUGGUGCUGUUCCGCAAGGACGUGGACGAUGCCACCCUGUCCCGCCUGGAGCUGGAGCGCAAGGUGGAGCUGCUGAUGGACGAGAUCGGCUUCCUCAAGAAGCUGCACGAGGAGGAGCUGCGGGACCUGGAGGUGCGCGGCCCGGGCGCGGCGGCGGGGCCGGCGGAGGUGUGCAAGGCCGAGCUGACGGCGGCGCUGCGGGAGAUCCGCUCCCAGUACGAGAGCAUCGCCGUCAAGAACCUGCAGGAAGCAGAGGACUGGUACAAAUCCAAGUUCGCUGACCUCUCGGAUGCAGCAAACCGCAACCACGAGGCGCUGAGGUUGGCCAAGCAGGAGAUGAAUGAGUCGAGGAGGCAGAUCCAGAGCCUGACCUGCGAGGUGGAUGGGCUGAAGAGCAUGAACGAGGCCCUGCAGAGGCAGAUGAGGGAGAUGGAGGACGAGUUUGGGGAGGAGAUUGGGAGCUACCAGGACGUGGUGGGGAGGCUGGAGCAGGAGAUCCAGCAGCUGAAGGAGGAGAUGUCAAGGCACCUGCGGGAGUACCAGGAUCUGCUCAACGUCAAGAUGGCUUUGGACAUCGAGAUCGCCACCUACCGCAAGCUGCUGGAGGGAGAGGAGGGACGGAUCACCAUCCCCUCGCACCCUGCUACCUCCUUCAGCAUGAGAAGCUCAGAGCCUGCAGAGAGCCCAGCACGGAGGAUGGUGCUGAUCAAAACCAUUGAGACCCGGGAUGGGCAGCAAGAGGUGACUGAGUCGUACAAGGAGAGAGCAGAGCCAGGGAAGUGACAGCAGAGCAGGAGGAGGAAGGUGCUAUGCUGGACCUGACUGUGCCCGGUGUGGGACGGGGAGCAGAGUGUGGGGGUCCCCCCCAUCCCCAUCCCUGUCCUUGCUGCUGCAUAUCCCAGUGCCUUGUGUGUGUCCCUAAUUUACUGCUCUUUAUCUCUGAUUUAUCUUCCUCCCUCCCCGAGCCUCGCUUGUACUGAAGUGUUAGCAAAUGUUGCUCCAGUCUGGGGGCUUCGGGGGCCUGGCUGCAGGGGUCCCAGCUCCCC